AUGACUCAGGAAAUCUACACGGUUUUAAGCACUUUAAGAAUGGAAGUGGACCCAGAUUUGGCUCCCCUCUUCUAUGAGUUUGAAGAAUAUUAUGAACGGAAAUUAUGGCAUCAAUUGACUGAAAGGCUUGAGGUAUUCUUUCAAGACGAUAGAUCUAUUCCAGUUAGAUUAAGGGUAUACACCAAUUUUGUGUCUAAAUUCCAAGAUAAGAUCAAUCAGAUAAAGGUCGUUAAUUUCCUUCUUUUGUCAAUUAAGAAUAGCACAAGUUAUAAAGAGAAUUUGGAAUAUUUAGCCGAGUUGCAGAAGACAUUCAGCGAAAUAGACAAUCAGAAGAAGAGAAAUGAUGGUUUAAAGACCCACGAAGAGGGUAAUUUGUUGAUUGACAUUGAAAUGGCCAGGACAUACUUAAAAAUGGGCGAUCUAGCCAAGACCAGAGACUUAUUGAAUGAUAUCAGUGCAAACCUAGACCAAAAAGACUCUGUUCCGUUGAUUGUCACAGGUACCUUUUAUUCUGCCAAUGCUGAGUUUUACCAGUUGAAGAAUGAUUUCAACUCUUUCUACUACACAAGUUUGUUAUACUUAUCCACAUUGGACCCUUCCAUGCCCAUGUUAUCAGCGGCGGAACAGCAGCAGCUUGCAUACAAACUCUGCAUUGCGGCUUUAUUAGGAGACAAGAUAUAUAAUUUUGGAGAACUGCUCCAGCACCCCAUUAUGUCCAGCAUCGCUGGUGACCCGCAAUAUCAAUGGUUGUUCCAGUUUCUACAUGCACUUUCUGUCGGAGACUUUGAUCAAUUUAGCAAGUUAUCCCAGGAGCGUAUUCCUCAAGUACCAAUUUUAGCAAAGAACGAGUCUUUCUUGAGACAGAAAAUAUGUUUGAUCACAUUGGUCGAGUCUGUUUUUGCUAAGAGCAUCAGAACAUUAUCCUUUGACGACAUCGCGAAAGCUACACAUUUGCAUAAAGACAAUGUCGAACACUUGGUCAUGAAAAGUAUUAGCCUGGGUCUGUUGAAGGGUUCGAUAGACCAGGUGGAAGAAUUGGUCACUAUUACCUGGGUUCAGCCAAGAAUUAUCAACGAGGAACAAAUCACUAAGAUGAGGGUCAGGUUGAUGGAUUGGAGUGAACAAGUUACCCAAUUAGGCAAGCAUAUCGAGGCAGCUGGUCAAACCAUUUGGGUUUAA